AUGUGUUCCACCUUCUCCCUGUGCCCACCCCUCGAAGCCACCUGUUGUGCUGCGUCCACAUACUCUUUGCCUCCAUCCGAAUCGCCCCCGGAAUCCCAUGACACUCCGGGACUUGGACUCUCGGCUUGCCGCGCUGCGCCGAAGUCGCCUAGUCCUCCUCCGCUGACGCCUUCGCGUUGGCUUGACCGUUGGCCGCUGUGGGACAAGUCAACUGUGACAAGUCUUGCCUCGGCUUAUCUCAAAGUUGCCAUCGGCCUCGUCUGUUGCCAUCCGAGGAGGGCACAAACGGGCCGGCACAGGAAGCUGUAUGCAUGCCUGUAG